AGGGUGUCCAUCAGUGAUGAGCCCCAUAACUUAGUCUUCAUUGUGACCAUGAGGAACCUGCAGAAGUCAGAUGAAGGCAGUUAUUGGUGUAGUGUCGUGGAUGGUUUGAUAUAUGCGGCUACCUCUGAUGAAGAAUACAUGUUAAUUGCUACAGCUGAAGAAAGAAAUUCCAACCUGAAGACAUUCAGUUAUUUAAGAGGACAAACGGGAGGAUCCAUCACCAUCCCGUGUUUCUAUGGUCAGGAGCAUAAACACCGUGUGAAAUACUGGUGUAAAUCAGAAAAUAUUCAACCCUGCACACCAACUACUAAAGUGACCAAGGGGACCAUCGCUGAUGUUCAGGAUAAAUUAGUCUUUCUACUUAACAUGACGAACCUGCAGCAGUCGGAUUCGGGAAAUUAUCAGUGUUUUGUGGGUGAAAGAAACACUAAGGAAAUGUCUGACAAUCUGUUCUUCCUGGUUACUCCAACUGCUCAGAGUGUGAGGACUGAGAGCUGGGUUUCUGCACGCAGAGGAGGACCUGCCACCAUCUCAUGUUACUAUGACCAAAAUUAUAAAGAUAAAACCAAAUACUUGUGUAGAGGAUAUGAACGGGAUUCCUGCUCCACAAUAGCACAGUCAGAUGGGGAACAGAGUAGAGGGAAAGUGUCAGUCUCUGAUGACCGUGACCAAAUGGUGUUUAAUGUGAUCAUAAGGAACCUGCAGGAGAAGGACUUUGACUAUUACUGGUGUGCUGUGGAGGCGUCUGCAGCCCAAAAUGAUCGUGCCUUUGUGCCCCUGAUAGUCCGGGAAGUAACCCCUGUGCCAACUACACAACAGACAGAACAGGACCAUCAUACAACACUGAGAGCUACUGUUUCUUCUCCUCGUCCUUUGUCACCCAAUUCAACAAGACAGAACGCCACAGAUUCAAGUUACACCACACUGUUGGUCUCUGUGGGGAUCGUAGGACUGCUGCUGCUGCUCACUGUUGUCAUGGUUACUAUGAUACUGAGGAAAAGAUCUGCAAUCACCCAUGCCAGAAACAGGAACAGAGAAAACACGGCUGACCUCAGUCCCUCUGUAGACCCCAGUGAUGAAGUGACAUACAUCUCAGUAACAGCAAAGGCCAGAAAUAUGGCUGCUUCAUCUUCUCAGGUCAAGCCAUUAGAAAAUAUGACCUCAGCAGACCCAAAUGAGACCUAUAGUAACACAACCACACAGAGGAAAAAGGCUGCAGCGGAUCCACAUGAGGUCACCUACAGCGCUGUGGUUCGCAAAUAGAAAGCAGCAAGUCGUUCCCCCCAGCCCCCAGCUGAAGGACCCUGAAAUUAUCAUGAUGUUCACUGAUGUACUGAUAGAGAAUAUCAAAAGAUGUUUUUAUUGUGUGUUUUAUUAUUAAUACAAAUAAAAUUUCUGUCUGUCAUGUCUCACA